AUGACUCGUCUCAUCCAAAUCCUCCCUUUUUCCCUUUUUGCCUUCUGCCUUGCCCAGGAGGACUCGGGACUCUAUGUCAAUCGGAUCAAGAUUGAAACAUUCCAUAACAAUCUCGGAAACGACAAAGUCUUCACCUACUACGUUGCCGAUAGUUUUGACCAAAGCCAAAAGGAUAACUUCAAGACUGAAGCUGGAUCAAUUGGAAACCUUUAUGAAGAUGAUUAUGCUGCCGAUACUGCUACUUGCACCAACACCGAGUGUCCAAAGUUGCGUAGAAUCUUCGCCCAUGCCAAUGCAGCCGACGGAACUCGCAUCAUCGACGCUGAUAUCAAAACUAGAAUUGGUGCCACUAGCGCUAAACCAAUCGGAUUUGUUGCUCCAUACCCGGGAUAUUGUAGCUCUGACGACUCGCUGCCAAUCAUUGAAAUGUACUCGGAGUCAUUGAAAAAAUACGCCUAUUGGUCUCCAGCUCAACCAGGUCAACUUGUUAACCUAGCUUCCACCACGGUUGAUAAGUCAAGAUACGAUCCAGUUCGUCUCGUCGGGUAUGCACUUUCUCCUGAUUCGGAAAAACUUGUCCUCGAAAACGCACAGCCAGACUUUGUCAAAUCGAUCGGAAAGAGUAACUACACUCAUUCUUUUGCUCUCACUUACCAGAUCAUUCAAGGAACAAGUACUGAGGGCCUCGCCAACAUCGUCGGCCCACCUAUUGUUGAUCAGCAAAUGGGCGCCUCUAAGCAGCUUCCUACUACCAAGAACACUGGAAUCUUCCUUACUGGAAAAUUAACUAGUGCAGCUACCCAAGCUCUUGAGAGAGCUUGUGGAACAAGAAACGUUUUGUUCAGUGCAUGGGACGCCGGAAAAGUAAACGUCAAUCUUCACGUGAGAACUGUCUUAUCACCAUACACCGCAUUAGCAAGUGCUGGAUAUACAUUCAGAGAGAACAGAGCAGGAUGCGGAGGAAUUAAGGGAUUGGCAGCAUUAAGAGAGUUCCAACACAAGACCAAACAAGGACACUACACUUAUGAAAACGAUCCAGCUAAGAUUCAAACUCUUCUGGCCACUGGGGAAUGGACACAGACAGCCAAGGAUUUGGGAUAUACUACCCUUGAUCAAAUUGGAUUUGCUCUCUUCAAUCGCGUUAUUUAA